CUAUGUGAUAAAGUUGUCAAUUGUACUGAAGAACGUCUCCAUUUGGUCCGAAACGUAUACAAUAAGGAAAAAUGUAGUUUGAUUUUACAGACAAACAUAGGAGAUUGUAGACAUGAAAAUCACAAGUGUUAGAUUAUAAUCGUUUAUCAUCUGAUAGCGGCGUUUCAUCGGAGGUGCAUUGCGUUUUUUACGUAUUUUUUUGAUGGUUUUGGUUCUUGGAAGCUGUCCCAAUCUAGAGUCAAGAGAUUUCUGUGAGAGUAUAAGAAACAUGACUAUAAAAAACUUUGGUCGUCAGUUUACAGAUAAGUCAUCUAUUUGGUACCCCAGUUUGCAAUACAAACCACCUAUAACGUUUCCCCUGAAGCCGGGUCUAUACGAGAGUCUUUCUGAUCCUACAAAAUACAUGCUUCCAUCAGUACCGAGGACUUCCUGGCUGGUUAAAACACUGAUGUACUAUGAAGAUGAAGUAGUAUUAUGCAUCAUAUCUGAAGGUGACAUAUUUGAAUAAAAUGCUUUGGCACGGAUGUAUCUAAUAAAAAAUGAUAAUUGGAAC